CGCUGGUCAUUUUCGUGACAUGUCCUAUGACGGCUACACCCAACUGCCUAGCGGCAGCACCGAUCACGACCGACGUCAACAGCAGGUGAUAGCAAACACCUACGAUGUCCUGCAGCGCACCACCCAAAGCAUUCAGCGCUCUAAUCAGGUGGCCAUCGAAACGGAAAAUAUAGGCACCGAGGUACUUGGCGAACUGGGGGAGCAACGUGAAUCACUGCUGCGCACUACUCGACGUCUCGAAGACGCCGAUCAGGAAUUGUCGAAAUCUCGCAUCAUUUUGCGAAAACUGAGCCGUGAAGUUAUCUACAAUAAGAUUGUUUUAAUAUUGAUAAUUUUCUUAGAAGUAGCCAUACUCAUUGGCCUGCUGGUCUUAAAGUUCGCCCAUCUAUAGAGGCGAAUCAUUGAAUUCCAAAGCUAUAUUCGGAGUGAAUAUGGAUUUUAUUAAGUAUUUUGUUUUGUCUUAUCUAACAUACAUGUUAAACCCAUGCCUUAGACAUAUGUAUAUGUAUAUAGAGUUAGGAUAAUGUAAAUCGUAUAUGGAGCGAUAUUAAUAAAACACAGCUAACAGUUA